AUGUUCGCACCGUCGUCAGCAAAUGAAGCCUUAGCAGGUAGUAGAAAACGGAAGAGGACAGGCAAAGAGAGGGAAGAGCGAAAACGUUUAGCUAUUCUAGCUCAACAAGACGCAGAGAAGGCAGAAACUGUAGCAGAAAAUCCCAUCAUCGCUGAAUCAUCUGUUCAAGCUGUCCAGGGUGCUUCUAUCGGUAUUGAUCCUGAGAACAAAGGGGUCGAUGUUGAACAAGCGACUAAACGAAUACCACAAGCACUCAAAUCCCUUCAUCCUACCUUCAAGCAAGCCAAAACAUUUGAGACUAGACGACUGAUCAAGAAAAUCAAGUUUCUCAGGACCAAACCCGAUACCAAAGCUGAAGUAUCUGAUCUAGAAGGCCAACUCAAGAUCUUGCAUGAUAUUCAACUUCAUCCUCUCGCUCAAUCCCAUCUCCUUGUCAAACUCCGUAAACAUCCCUCUUUCAAGGCCAGCUCCCUCCCAAGAUCCAUCCUCGAUCUCCUUACUAUUCAAGAAACCACCAGCACAUCUACUUCCAGUACUGCAGGAUUGGUUGCCAAAGUGGAAAACCGACUAUGUAGCGCGAAGAAUGUCGCCGAAGCGGUUAAGGGAGUUGUCAGUUGGAUAGUAGGUGAAGAAGGGGCCAAGUUGGUACAUCAUGCCAAGAAGGAAAGCAAGGGGAUCUCAGUACUGAGAGGCGGAAAGAAGAGACAAAAUGAUAGCGAUGAUGAAGGUAUUGAUGGAGAUGUGAUUGAGGGAAGACAAGAGAUGGUAGUCGGAUCUGCCUCUGAGAACGAAGGUGAAGAAUCGGAGGAUGAGGGUCUGGCUCAACAAGAUUAUGCAGCCGAUGAAGCUGGCUGGGAAUCCGGUUCAAUCGGCGGUGAAUCUGAUAAAUCCGACGAGGAGGAAGAAGAGGAUAUAUCAGAUGAAGAUGCUAUUCCCAUCUUACCAAGCAAGAAAUCGAAACCUACACCUGCUCCCCCACAACUCAAAGAAAAGCCUCCGAAAGCUGAGAAGAUACCCAAAGGCGAUAUAACAUCGUCAAUGUUCUUACCUUCCUUAGCGGCUGGAUUCACAAGGGGUGAUGAAGGUGAUAGUGAUCCAGAUGAUGAUCUGGAUCCCAAUGGAGUGAUAGGGAAGAACAUUAAGGAGAGGAAGAAUCGAAGAGGUCAGAGAGCUAGACAAGCCAUAUGGGAAAAGAAAUAUGGUAAAGGUGCUAAACACGUUGUGAAAGCCAAAGCGGAUGAAGAGGCCUAUCAAGCUGCCAAGGCCAAACGAGAGGCUGACAAGCGAGGUAGACCGGAUCAUAUGAAAGGUAGAGAUAGUGGAUGGGGUGCAAGGAGUGGACAACCGUCUAUACCAAAUGGAUCCGCCUCUGCACCCAAGUCGACGGUGGUACCACAGCAACACCAACAACCACCCAGAGAAGAGAAGAAGAAUCUACAUCCUUCAUGGGAAGCUGCGAGGUUGCGUAAGCAGAAGAUGGGAGUUGUACCGGCAGAUGCUCCGAAAGCGAACAAGAUUGUUUUUGAUUAG